AUGCCUCGUCUUAGCUUGAUUUCCGUGUUGUCUCUGGCUGCUGCCUCCUUGGCUGCAGCUGACGAGCAUCCAAGAUUUUCCUUCAGCAAGCGACAGCUGCCUGCGGACGCGACUGGUGUCAAGAAGCUUGAGACCCCCAAUGGCGUGACCAUCCGAUAUAAAGAGCCCGGUAAAGAGGGUGUUUGCGAGACAACCCCUGGCGUCAACUCCUACUCCGGAUACGUUGAUCUGUCGCCCGAGUCUCAUACCUUCUUUUACUUCUUUGAAUCUCGUCACGACCCGGCAAAUGCUCCCAUCACUCUGUGGCUGAACGGCGGCCCGGGAAGUGACUCUCUCAUCGGCCUUUUCGAGGAAUUGGGACCGUGCGCUGUCAGCGAGAACCUUACGACCUACAUCAACCCGUACUCGUGGAACGAGGUCUCCAACCUUUUGUUCAUCUCGCAGCCACUGGGAGUCGGUAUGAAGGCCCGUGCCCCGGUUAGUGUCGACGUGUCUCACUUAGUCAUAGGAUUUUCGUACGCGGACACCGAGGAAGGCUCACUCAACCCAAUCACCGGUAUUGUUGAAGAUGGUUCCUUUGCUGGCGUCCAGGGUCGUUACCCUACCAUCAACGCUACUCUGACCGAUACUACCGACCUUGCCGCAAAUGCUGCGUGGGAAGUCGUGCAGGGCUUCCUCGGAGGCCUACCCCAGCUGGACAGCACUGUCAAGUCCAAGGACUUUAGCUUGUGGACUGAGAGUUACGGAGGGCACUACGGCCCAGCGUUCUUCAACCACUUUUACAAGCAGAACCAAAAGAUCCGCAACGGUACAGUCGAGGGCAUCGAGCUCAACUUCAACUCUUUGGGAAUCAUCAACGGUAUCAUCGACGAGGCAAUUCAGGCAUCUCACUACCCCGAGUUUGCAGUGAACAACACCUAUGGCAUUAAGGCUGUCAACGAAACAGUUUAUAACUACAUGAAGUUUGCCAACGAGAUGGGCAAUGGAUGCCAGGACCAGAUCGCCCUUUGCAAAGCCACAAACCGUAGUUCUUUCGCCGACUACGCUCUUUGUUCAGAGGCGACCAACAUGUGCCGAGAUAAUGUUGAGGGGCCAUACUACAGCUACGGCAAUCGCGGCGUUUACGACAUCCGCCACCCAUACGAUGAUCCAACCCCUGAGGAUCUCUUCGCACCCUUCCUGCAACAAGACUGGGUUAUGGACGCCCUCGGCGUAAAAAUAAACUACACUAUGUCCAACAAUGAGGUUUACUACGCCUUCCAGCAAACCGGCGAUUUUGUCUGGCCUAACUUUAUCGAGGACCUCGAGGAGAUUCUCACCUACCCGGUCCGCGUCACCCUCAUUUACGGAGAUGCAGACUACAUCUGCAACUGGUUCGGUGGCCAGGCCGUUUCCCUUGCCGUCAAGUACCCGCAAUCCAAGCAGUUCCAGGCCGCCGGAUACACCCCUCUCCUGGUCGACGGCGUCGAGUACGGCGAGACUCGCGAGUAUGGCAACUUCUCAUUCUCUCGUGUUUACGAGGCCGGUCACGAGGUUCCGUAUUACCAGCCUGCAGCGUCGUUGCAGCUCUUCAACCGGACUCUGUUUGGCUGGGAUAUCGCUGAGGGCAAUGUUAAGAUCUGGCCGGGUUAUUCUACAAACGGGACUGCGUGGCCUACGCACACUGAAUCGUUUGUGCCCUUGCCGACGCCCACACCUCAUUCGGGUCUUUUCUGA